UCGCUCCACCGCCCCCACCCCGUACCCGGGUCUCGGACCAGUCCGCCAGGGCCUGCCCCCCGUGGUUCGACGUGGGCCCCGUCGGGUGUCUGCUGGGGACCGGAGCGGGAGGGGCAGCUCCUCAUCCCACCUCCAGGAAGUCAAAGUGCAGGAGGGAGGGCGGACUCGGGGAGGCGGGGCUCGGUGCCACGGAGAAGCCGAGUGGACCCGCAGCCCCCCACCCCUACCCCGCCUCAAAUCCGGGAUCCCAGAGCUGGACGCGGUGUCCGCGCGCUCUCUCGGCCAGAUGGCGGACCCCCGCGCAGAUCCUGAAUCAGAGUCCGAAUCCGUGUUCCCGCGGGAGGUGGGGCUCUUUGCCGACUCUUACUCGGAGAAGAGCAGGUUCUCUUUCUGUGGGCACGUGCUGAGCAUCACACAGAACUUCGGCUCCCGCCUUGGAGUGGCCGCGCGAGUGUGGGACGCGGCUCUGAGCCUGUGCAACUAUUUCGAAAGUCAAAAUGUGGAUUUCCGAGGCAAGAAAGUGAUCGAACUGGGCGCGGGGACGGGCAUCGUGGGGAUCUUGGCUGCGCUGCAGGGGGGGGAUGUUACCAUCACUGACCUGCCCCUGGCCCUAGAGCAGAUCCGGGGCAACGUCCAGGCCAAUGUGCCGGCUGGAGGCCGGGCCCAGGUCCGCGCCUUGUCCUGGGGGAUUGACCAGCAUGUCUUCCCCGGAGACUAUGACCUGGUGCUGGGGGCCGAUAUCGUGUACCUGGAGCCCACCUUCCCGCUGCUGCUGGGCACACUUCAGCACCUAUGCGGGCCCCAUGGCACCAUCUAUCUGGCCUCCAAGAUGAGAGAGGAGCACGGGACAGAGAGCUUCUUUCAGCAUCUCCUCCCCCAGCAUUUCCAACUGGAGCUGGCCCAGCGGGAUGAGGAUGAAAAUGUCAACAUCUAUAGGGCCAGGCACAGGGAACCAAGACCUGCUUGACAUCACCCUUCUGUUCCUCUGAACCCCUUGUCCUAAGAAAGAAACUGCCAUAUCUCCAAAGCCAUAAACACAA